UUGAGAUUUCGUGAGAUAUGCAGCACAUUCUGUUCCCCCUCGGCUCGAUCUCUUUUUUCUUGCAAAAACUUUUUUUUUGUUCUUCCCGGACGUCUCGGGAGCGGUGAGACUUCCGUAUUUUAUUCAGGUGGAUGGAAAACAGGAAUAAACUCGGGUUUGUCCUCUGGCCACGAUCUGGAUCUUAUUAAGAUUGGUCAAGCCAGGAACAAAAUUAUGGAUAUUAAGCUGAAUCAGGUAUCCGACUCUGUUUCGGGCCAGACUGUUGUUGAUCCUAAAGGUUAUCUGACCGAUCUACAAUCAAUGAUUCCGCAAUACGGAGGUGAUAUCAAUGAUGUCAAGAAGGCAAGAAUGUUGUUGAAAUCAGUGCGCGAGACUAAUCCGAAACAUCCACCAGCAUGGAUUGCAAGCGCGCGUCUCGAAGAAGUCGUCGGAAAGCUUCAGGUUGCUCGCCAUCUUAUUAUGGAAGGAUGUGAAAAGAACAAAAAGAGCGAGGAUAUGUGGCUAGAAGCUGUCAGGUAUGUAUGGUGA